AUGAUCCAGCUCAAACCAUCCACACUCGCCCUCGGCCUCUGUCUAUUCAUUUCUUCCAUCCUUGCAAAGGAUGCUGAACUCUCCUCUAGCCUCGUAGGCUGCAAAGAAGUCUCAUGUCCUCUGGAAGGUUCCAAUGACCGCUGCACAGUGGGAAAAAACACCUUCCUUGGUAUCGGACUAUCCCGCAUCCCCGACGUUCCAUCCUCUCUUGAGGGCUUCUCCCUCGUCAAAGGCGUCAAUGUGUCUGCCGGUAUGGCUGGCAAGGACAAUGACAAACCCACACGUCCUUUCAACUCGACCUAUUACCUCGGCAUGCCCUCAGACGUAGAAGCCAAGGACUUGUCCGGCUGUGUUGUCGUCUUCCACGAUGCUCCGUCAAAGACAUUCAGCGGAAAGGAUACCCGUUCCGCGAGCGGGACUUGUUCCGAUGUUAUUGAUAAGACAUGUAUUGAAAAGCUUACGGAGAAGGCAACGGAAUUAGCUGAAGACACUGAUGGAGAUUGCAUGACGCUUGAACGAGAAUUAAAGAAGACUUCUUUCGAAGAUUGCGAUGGGUUUGCGGGGAAUGGUGGCAAGUUUGGGAAUUUCACUGUUCAGUCGCUUGAUGAUCUUAAUACGGUUAAGAAUUCCUCGGAUUGUUGGCCUAUUCAGCCUAAGUCUGAUCAACUAGUGGAGAUUGCGAGACAUACUGCUUUGAACGACUACACAGCACGGGCUUUGCUUGACGAGGCCUAUAAGAUUACCCCAAUCCUCACUGUUUUCACUGGGAAGGGCAACAGCAGUCUUGUCGACGAAACUGCUUCUCAGCUGACAUGUUUGAAAGUAGUUACUGAAGAGAACCCCGAUGAUGACAACGAUAGUAAGAAACCAAAUAUCAACCUCCGCAACCGACUUCCGCAUCCGACCCACAACGCCAUCAUGUUCGCAACCCACCCCCAAACACCCUUCAAAAAAUACACCCCAAUCCUCUCCUCCCCCCUCAAAAACACACCUAUAUGGACAAUGUCCCCGCAUAACACAACCCCAAACCACUCCAACCCCCCACUCUUCAACAUCCAAACCGAACCAAUAACCCGCCACACCCAAACCAACCACACCCCAAUCGCAAUGAACUUCCACGCGUCAAAUCAAUCCUCACCCACCUUAAACCACUCCUCAAACCAAUUCUCAACAUCCACCUCAAACCACUUCUCAAACCAAACCUCACCAACACCCCGCCCAAAACCAAAAUACGAAGCGCGCUACGCAUCCAUCGCGAAUCCACUCAAAGAUAAAGCUGGUCUAGCGCGGUCGCGAACGCGCACUAUGUUCCUUAAUCGCGUGCGGAAUGAGCGUGACGAGGGACGGUUUGAGGCGCGCGGUGAGCAGAUGAUGCGGAUGGAACAUCUUGCUGAUCGGAGACGGUGGGAGGAGAGGAUGGCGAGGGAGGGGGAGGGGGUUAUUGGGUUUGAGGAGGAUGAUAUGCCUGAUGAUGCGCUUGAGGAAUUUAUUUCUCAGGAGGAGGCUAUGGAGAUGGCGAUGAGGGAGACAGAGGAGCGGGAGCGGAAUGGGGAGCCGUUUAGUGAUGAUGAGUAUGAUGAUAUAUUUAUGGGAUUGUCAGAGCCGGGGAAUCAUGCGCAGUCCCAAGCGCAGUCUCAGGAUAUGGAUAUGUCGUGA